UUCAUAUAAAAAUAAAUCAUAAUUUUAUUUUUUGAAUGCAUUUAUUAUAUGUAAAUAAACUUUAAUUUUAUAAAUAGUUGAACAGCAGUGUGUAUCAUAAGUACAAAAAUAUAAUUUACUGAGAUUUGUAAUUCGUGGACGCUGUGAAAUCUAAAAAAAAUAUAUAUCAAUGAGCUAUUGAAUGCAAGACAAAAACACUGUAUUUUCUUACCUAAAUAAAAACUCAAAAUGCGUUGCUGCGUGCCGUUUUGUAAUAAUUCUUCAAAAUAUACGCUUGGAUCGCAAGGUGAUAUCACCUAUCACAAGUUCCCAGUCAAUCCUGGUACUAGGAAGUGCUGGCUGAAAGCUCUCAACAAAGAUGAGGCAAGUCUACCCACCCGAGCGGCUGUUUGUUCCCAACACUUCUUGUUUGAUGAUUUCUAUGUAUCUAAAACUGGUUUGAGGAAAGUCAGGGCGGAUGCUGUGCCUUUGGUGGUGCAUGUCUGUUUAAUAUGCCUGGACACAGAGAGCAAAAUGUACCCAUUAAAUAAAUAUAAACUAAAGGAACCAUACAGAACAUUGACUGGAAUUGCAUUGGAAGAUAAAGACAAGAUGCCCAAAACUCUGUGUGGAGAGUGUGCACACAGACUUCUGAACUUCAACAAGUUCAGGGAAAAAAGCGAGCGUGCACACUCACUUAUGUUAAGACUGGUCAAAGAACACAAAUCUAUAACAAUCCAAAACGUGAAAACAAUAAACCGACAUGAAAACGACCUGAUAUCAAAAUUAGUCCAUAAACAAUUUGAGCCAAACAACUGUGAUUUAUAUAUCCUAGAAGAUGUAGAAGAUAACCUAACUGUUUUGGACAAAACUGACCUAAAUGAGAAAACUGUCACAGUUAAACAUGAAAAUUUUACCUAUACUAAUGAAAACUAUAUUGAAACUAAAGACGAGUUAAGUAUAGACCACGAAGUUUUGACUAACGAUAAUUUAAACCAUUUAAAUUCAAUCAAAGAUAGCUUCAAUGACGGAAAUGCUGACGAUGGUUUAAAUAACGAUAACGUUACUGCAAGUAACGAUAACGUUAUACUAAAUAACGUUAAAAAUGAAAACAGUGACAACGACGCCGAUUUCUUGCCGAAUAACGAUUGCAAUGACUAUUCUACAGAUGACAGCUUACCUUUAGAGACGAAACGCAAGAAAAUAUUGAAAAAAGAGAAGAGUAAGACCAAAAAAGCUAAGGUCAAAUCUAAAGUUAUCGAACCGAAAAUAGAUAGACGAAGGAAACCGUUUUUGAACACGGAUUUGAAUGAAACUUUGUUCACUAUAACUGAUUUAAGUUUUGAUGAGCAAGUAGCUGAUAUACGGAAAAGGCAAGAAACAGCUAACUAUAAGAAUUCUCCGUUCAAAUGUACGCUGUGUUUCAAAGGGUUUUUGGACGAGGAUGCUUACAAUGGGCAUAUGUCGAGGCAUACUGAUCAAUGUGGGGAGUAUGAGUGUGAAAUAUGCAAGACGCAUUUCAAGCACUCUCACGCGCUGAGGAAGCACAUCACCGCACACCACACGCAAAGGUUCAGCUGCAACUCCUGCCCGUACAUCACCACACAUCGACAAACGGCGAGGCUCCACGAAAGAUGGCACAAAGGGACGAAGUACCAAUGCCCGCACUGUCCAGACGAGUUCGUCAAGUUCACGACGUACAUGGGCCACAUACGCAUCAAGCACCCCUCCGACUUUGUGUGCGCGCUGUGCGGGUACUCCUUCGUCAGCGAGAAGGGCAUCGACUUGCACAAGAAGCUCAAGCAUCGCCUCGACGACAGAGAGAUCCCCGAGGACGGUCCAUUCUGUGAGCUGUGCAACGUCCGCUUCGUAUCUGAAGUCGCGUACAAGAGACACCGCCAGGUCUCCGCCAAACAUAACACAGACUCUGAUGCGAAAGAAAAGUCGAAAGGCAGGAAGCCCAGAGAAAUCAAGGAAAAGUCCAAAAACGACAGUUCGGAGAGAAACGAGAGAAGAAUGUACCCUAGUCAGAUGCGGAAAGCGGAAGGUCCUAUAUCUUGUGAACAGUGCGGCAUGCAACUAGAAGACUCUAGAGCGUACCACGGGCACUUCAGGCGUCACCACCCGGACAAGAACCGAACCAACUACCCUUCCAUGAAGUCGCCCUUCAUGUGCGAGUCUUGUGGCAGAAUGUUUCAGAGUUACGCCCUUCUAAAAGACCACCGCUGGGUACAUACGGGCGAGCGUCCGUUCGCGUGCGACGCGUGUGGGAAAUCCUUCCGUAUGAAGCAGCGGCUGGUCGCGCACCGCCGCGUGCACAGCCAGGUGCGAGCCACGUACGUGUGCAAUCUGUGCGGGAAGAGCUUCUCCACGCAUAGCAACCGACAGAGGCAUAUGGUGAUCCACACGGGUCUCAAACCGUUCAAGUGUGAGAUGUGUGGCAAGUGCUUCAAACACUCGAGCGAGAAACGCGCGCACAUCACUUACGUUCAUCUUAAAAAGCCGUGGCCCAAGCGAGCUAGGGGGAAGCGACGCUCAGACAGACCGAGACAGUUGCAACCUCUCGGUUCGGUACCGGCGGGUGUGAGCGAGAUGGACAUAGCCCAGCAAGCGUGGGGCGCUUGCGACCCCAAACACCACAAUAUGAACAUUAUGGAAGAUAAACCAGUGUAUUUUAGUAAUAUUAAAGUCCUGUACGACGCCGCGUAACUUAUUUACCGACUAGCUGUGCCCGCGACUUCGUUCGCUUGGAAUAGAAAUGUUCGCCGUGAUUCUUUAAAUUGACAUAACUUUUUUUAUUUAUGAAC